UUGCUUCAUGUCUUCUUGACUCUCUCUCUCUCUCUCUCUCUCUCUCUCCCUUCUUUGUGUUCUCUGCAACUCCUUGUGGAUGGGAUUCUCCACCACCUCUUGAGCCCUGAACCUUUUGCCAUAAAGGAAAUCGAUCAUAAAGGGAUAAGGUGGUGGAGGAACAAAAGACAGGGCAGAUAACAAGGGCAGCCAGCCAUGGUUUUCCCAUCGGUUCCCGUCUAUCUAGAUCCACCUAAUUGGAACCAGCAGCUGCAAGCUCAUCAGCAAGGGAGUAGUAGCGGCGGCGGGGCUUCCCAGCUCCCGCCAGGGAUGGCAGCCCCACGCCCUGAAGGUGGCAUGUCUGCCACGAUCAGGCCCGGAUCGAUGGUGGACCGAGCUCGGCUCGCGAAGAUCCCUCAGCCGGAGCCGGGGCUCAAGUGCCCUCGUUGCGACUCUACCAACACCAAAUUCUGCUACUUCAACAACUACUCCUUGUCGCAGCCACGCCACUUCUGCAAGACAUGCCGACGUUACUGGACGCGGGGCGGGGCCCUCCGCAACGUCCCCGUCGGUGGUGGUUGCCGACGCAACAAACGGACCAAGUCCGCCGGUGGCAGCGCCUCAAGGUCCUCGACUACGACCACUCAGACCGGCGCCUCCUCCUCGUCCUCCACCGCCACAUCGUCGGGCGUGGGUGGUGCAAUCACAUCCAACGCACUGCUUACUCCGCAGCUGCCCUUCAUGGCCUCAUUGCACCCGCUGCCUGACUUCGGAGCCACCAACUUCGGGAUGAGCUUCUCGGGCAUCCAACCCGUGGAUACAUUGGACUAUCAGCUGGGCGGCGGCAGCAGCGGCAGCGGCAGCGGUGCCCCAUUGGGCGGCGGCAGCGGUGCCCCAUUCGGCGGCGGCAUCGGGAUGGAAAACUUGAGGCUUCCGCAAAUGCAGCAAUUUUCCUCGCUGGGGGGACUGGACCUCCCCCAACCACCGGCACCGGCGCCAACUUCUGGGUUCUUCCCUUUCGUUGGUGAAGGCAGCGGGUUCGUCGGGGGAUCAUUUACAUGGCAAGUUCAAACGAAACCGGUUGGUUCCGGGCUCAUCACGCAGCUGGCUUCGGUGAAGAUGGAAGACAGUCAACAGCUGUUCAAUUUCCCCAGACCGCAUCUUGGCAUGUCUCGCAACGAUCCAUUCUGGAGCGGCAGCGGCAGCGGCGGCGGCGGUGGAGCCAGCAGUAGCGGCACCGGUGGAUGGGCGACGGAUCUUUCCGGAUUCAACUCUUCAUCUGGCAGUAUCUUGUAAUUGUAUCUCUCCUGCAGGGACCUCACAACAUGGAAGCUUACGUUUUUUGCCAUGGCUUCGAAACCAACCACUUGACUCGAGAAAGAAGGACGAAGCAAGCAGUAGAUCACUAUAGCCCGACUUAACCUCUGUGAUGGUGGAUGGCAUAUGCUACUACAAGCUGUCUAAAAGAACUCUAGAGAUGGUAGGUAGGUUUCUCGUUUCAGAUUAUUGGGAUUGGUGUUCUUCCUGUUUCUUAAUGUCGCAGUAUCUUACCAUAGCUAUGGUUACACAAAUCAGAUGCAUGAGACGUUAAAGCAUAGUA